GUCAGGAAUGUCGCAGCGCUCGUGUACAAGAGUUCGCUUCGCCGGAUCCCUCGACUGGAGGCCCCAAGCGUCGCGGUUAUUGCAGGCACGCACAAGGAGAAAGAUUUCCCUUCGGCCGACGACCACUUUCAUAUAACGCGGCCCACACAUCCGGCAUUCCAAAGGUGUUUGCGCAGCCUGCCGUCAUUGCUUUAGAAUAGCUCCCCUCACCCCGCCACGCAUCCUCGCGUGCAGCUUUUUUCUUUGUGUACCUUCUGCAGACCACGCGCUCUCGCACUCUCUCUCGCACUCUCGCACCCACUCGGCCUUCCCGUUGUCUUCUCUCCAGCGGCCGGCUGAAAAGCCUUGAGAUUCCCCGAUCGCAUCGCACAAGAGCAGAGCCCGGAUCCUUCUGUGAACAUGUCAGAGGGUGACGUACAGCCGCCCAAGGCUUCCCCCGUCGUGGCGGAAGCUCACGAAGUCGACACUUUCCAUGUCCCAGAGGCCUUUUUCAAGAAGCACCCUACGCGGCCACAUCUUCGAGACCUGGACCACUACAAGGAGUUGUACAAAGAGUCGAUCGAGAAACCUGACCAGUUCUGGGGAAGGUUAGCGAGAGAGCUGCUCACGUGGGAGCGUGACUUCCAGACCGUGCACAACGGCAGCUUUGAAAACGGCGACAAUGCCUGGUUCAUUGAGGGCAAGUUGAAUGCCUCGUACAACUGCGUGGACAGGCACGCGUUCAAAAACCCGAACAAGACCGCCAUCAUCUACGAGGCUGACGAGCCGGGUGAGGGCCGGAAAAUUAGCUACGGUGAGUUGCUACGAGAGGUUUCCAAACUCGCCUGGACUCUGAAGGAAAUUGGAGUCAAGAAGGGUGAUACCGUCGCUAUAUAUCUGCCCAUGAUCCCAGAGGCCAUUGUCGCCUUCUUAGCAUGUGUCCGCAUUGGCGCCGUGCACUCAGUCGUCUUUGCCGGUUUCUCCUCAGACUCGCUGAGGGACCGCAUAAUUGAUGCCCGCUCAAAAGUCGUCAUCACCUCGGACGAGGGCAAGCGCGGCGGCAAGGUCAUUGGUACCAAGAAGAUUGUGGACGAGGCCCUGAAGCAGUGCCCGGAGGUCAAGAACGUGCUCGUCUUCAAGCGCACCGGCACAGAGGUGCCGUGGACGAAGGGCCGCGACCUGUGGUGGCACGAAGAGGUCGACAAGUUCCCCAACUACUACCCGCCGGAGUCAAUGAACUCAGAGGAUCCGCUUUUCCUGCUCUACACAUCCGGUUCGACGGGAAAACCAAAGGGUGUAAUGCACACCACUGGUGGUUAUCUCGUCGGAGCAGCGGCCACGGGCAAGUAUGUCUUCGACAUACAUGACGAAGAUAUCUUCUUCUGCGGUGGUGAUGUUGGCUGGAUCACUGGCCACACGUAUGUCGUAUACGCGCCUCUUUUGCUUGGUGUCGCGACUGUAGUUUUUGAGGGCACGCCUGCUUACCCGAACUUCUCGAGAUACUGGGAUAUCAUCGAGAGAAACAACGUCAGCCAGUUCUAUGUUGCGCCGACGGCGCUGCGCCUCCUGAAACGCGCGGGCGAUGAGCACGUCAAGCACCAGAUGAAGAACCUGAGGGUUCUAGGUUCCGUCGGCGAGCCUAUCGCGGCGGAGGUAUGGAAGUGGUAUUUCGAAGUUGUUGGCAAGGAAGAGGCACACAUUGUCGAUACGUACUGGCAAACGGAGACUGGUUCACACGUCAUCACACCUCUCGGAGGUAUCACGCCAACAAAACCCGGCAGCGCCUCUCUUCCCUUCUUCGGCAUUGACCCCGUCAUCAUCGACCCAGUUUCCGGUGUGGAGAUUGAAGGCAACGAUGUGGAAGGUGUGCUUGCUUUCAGGAAGCCGUGGCCAAGCAUGGCCAGAACUGUGUGGGGCGCACACAGAAGAUACAUGGACACGUACUUGAACGUCUACAAGGGAUACUACUUCACGGGUGAUGGUGCCGGACGUGACCACGAGGGCUAUUACUGGAUCCGUGGCCGUGUCGAUGAUGUGGUAAACGUUUCGGGCCACAGACUCUCAACGGCCGAGAUCGAAGCCGCCCUUCUCGAGCAUCACUCUGUUGCGGAGGCCGCCGUUGUAGGCGUACACGACGAGCUAACCGGCCAGGCCGUCAACGCCUUCGUGGCGCUCAAGGACGGUUUCGACCACACCGAUCAGAUCAAAAAGGAUCUGAUAUUACAAGUGCGGAAGUCGAUUGGCCCAUUUGCAGCGCCCAAGGCUGUUUACACUGUGGAUGAUCUACCCAAGACGCGCUCAGGCAAGAUUAUGCGACGUAUCCUGCGUAAGAUUCUGGCAGGUGAAGAAGAUCAGCUUGGCGACAUUUCGACUCUCUCCGAUCCUAGUGUCGUGAGCACGAUCAUCGAAACCGUACACAAGGCGAAGAAAUAGAUUACCGCAUGAAGUUAGCAAACCGUGGUGGGUCUCGUGUUGUUCUUGCGGAAGCUCGCGGCAAAGAGCACGUGAGCGUACAGCGCAAAUGCAGUCGGCCUAGCAGGUCAAUCACGUAUGCCACGACUUUUUUUGUUCUUUACCUGGGCAGGGUGGAGUCAUGUUUAGGCUUAUGUAGUGUGUGUACGCGCGUGAAUGAGUGUAAAGUGCGUGUAUUGCGUUGCGCCGAGGCGCUUGUGCGAAGGCUCUCGCUUGGCUGUUGAAGGGAGGCACCGACUACUCCGGUGUCAAAAUGCCACUCUCCCUCACGUUCAGUUUUCUUGCGUUCCCGCAGAUGAUAAUCACCCGUUCGGGCAGAUUUCAAGCUGUGUCAAGGGCGAUGAGUGUUUUCAAACAUCAGACCUGUGAAGUAAAACGAGGAUCAGCAUUCCGUCCGCAAAUCAGCUAAGGCCGUGCAUGAUGACAGGCCAAGGCCCAGGCCAUUCGGUAGGUUUGGCACAAGCGGCGGAGCAUUGCCCCCCCCGAGCGAAGGACGUAGUGUCACUUCACCCCAAAGGACGGGCGUGACGUGCAGCGUUGCUAUGGAGCAGAACAGGGCUAGUUCUAAGGAUCGUAUUUGCUGCGGG